AUGUCAACAACUAGCAUAGAGUCGAACAAUGACAUUGGGCGGUCGGUUAAGACUAUAGGAGUGUAUAGCAUUGGACCCGAGAUAGGGAAGGGAUCGUUUGCUACAGUUUACAAGUGUUUUAACACGAAGACAAAUGAGUCAGUGGCCAUCAAGUCGGUAGUGAGAUCAAAGUUGAAAUCCAAGAAAUUAGUGGAGAACCUUGAGAUCGAAAUAUCCAUUUUGAAGACUAUGAAGCACCCACAUAUUGUAGGAUUACUAGACUACAAGCAGACUACGUCACACUUCCAUCUUGUGAUGGACUACUGUUCUAUGGGAGAUUUGUCAUACUUUAUACGUAAGAGAAACCAGCUUAUCAAAACACAUCCGGUGAUAUCAUCAUUGUUAGAGCGGUAUCCGUCACCCGAAGGAUCACAUGGCCUAAAUGAGGUGUUAGUAAUUCACUUCCUCAAGCAGUUGGUUUCCGCUUUGGAAUUUUUAAGGAAUAAAAGUUUGGUACAUCGUGAUAUCAAGCCCCAGAACUUGUUGCUUUGUCCACCCUUGCAUUCAAAGCAAGAGUUCAAAGAUGGUGGGUUUGUUGGGUUGUGGGAAUUGCCUCUCUUGAAGAUUGCUGAUUUUGGAUUUGCUAGGUUUUUGCCGUCAACGUCCAUGGCAGAGACCUUGUGUGGGUCUCCGCUUUACAUGGCCCCCGAGAUUUUGCGGUAUGAAAAGUAUAAUGCAAAAGCUGACUUGUGGUCUGUUGGGGCAGUCUUAUAUGAAAUGACUGUAGGUAAACCACCAUUUAGAGCUGAUAACCAUGUUCAAUUAUUAAAGAAUAUCGAAAAGUCUAACGAUCGUAUAAAAUUUCCAUCUGCAGCCCAAGUGCCUGAAUCUUUGAAAAGAUUGAUUAGGUCCUUACUAAAGUACAAUCCAACUGAAAGAGUCUCGUUCAACGAAUUUUUCAAUGAUCCGUUGAUUGUCAAUGAUUUAGAGGGUAACGAUGAACCGCUAGAGACAUCAGAGAUGGAUGAAAACUUAUUUAUUAGUGAAUAUAUUUCUCCAAUCAAGCUGUCACAAAAAUCUCAGUAUAUUGAGCCAAUUACCACAGAAGUUGCUGUAAAGGAAAAGUCUAAACAAGACUUACCAGCAAGAGAGGUAUCGACACAUGCUAGUGAGUCGCAAACAAAAGCUGUUGAUACUAGGCCUUCAAGUAGAGAUGAAGAAAUCAAGGAAAUAAUAAACAAAAAUAGUCCUGGCCCUGAAACUUCCCGUUCCAUUCAACCUCAUAACCUAAAAGAGAAAUCAUUAGUAUUAAAGAAUAAGGAUAAUGAUAUUAUCUUAGAGCGUGACUAUGUUGUGGUUGAGAAAAGAGCUGUUGAAGUUAAUGCCAUUGCUGACGAACUAGCACAUGCUGGCAGUGGUGCAGUGGCAAUUAAUCCACGUCGCACGUCUUCUGGGUCUGAUAAUAGUUACAACGGUCCUAACAAUAUGCAGCUUUAUAGAAGGCCAUCUCUUAGAUCAAAUUCUUCGGGUAGUCAAAGGAGGCCAAGUUUUACUGAUCGAAGAAUUUCAAUUUCAAUUUCCCCUACAAAUGCUUUAACAAAGGCUAUAGGAUUAGCUUCAAAUAGAUUAUUUGGAGUAAAUGCAAGUGGUUCACCAACUAAUCGGUUAAUUGAAGAAACAGAUGAAAGGUUAGCAAUCAAUGAAAAUAAUAGUAGUAUGAAUGCUACGAAUAAUACUUUUUCCACUAUUCUUUCAAAUCCGAAUUUUGCAAACAAUUUAUUAAUUCAAAAAUUGAAUUUACCAACCUCGGCCACCGUAGCUAAUAACUCACAAACGAACACCUCACCUCAACUAUCGCCGCAAUCUAAAACUGACGAGUCGGUUUUAAAUAGGCUUGAAUCUUUAGCAACCAAAGCACACGCAAUAAACUUAUUUGCAGAUGUUAAAUUCAGUCAAUUGAUUCCAUCUCCACCUUCAUCAGAUGCAUUAGAUGAUGAUUUAUUGCAUCAGAAUGAUAUGCUUCCUCCUAAAAUCGUUAAAUCAAUCAGUGAAGAAGGUGUAGUACUUUAUGUUAAGACUUUGUCGUUAUUAGCUAAAGGCAUGGUUAUCGCAAGCGAUUGGUGGUACAGUCAGUUUGAGAUUGAUGAUCCGAGUAAUAAGAAUUCGAAUGAAAAUCCCUUAAAGCAAAGUUCAAAUAAUAAUAGUGAUGAUUUGCUGUUGGCUGUUAGAAUCAACGAAUUGGUGCAAUGGAUAAGAGAAAAAUUCAAUGAGUGCUUAGAGAAGGCGGAAUUCAUUAGAUUGACAUUACAAGAAGCUAAUACAUUGUUAUCUAAUGAAGAUAGCUCUGAGUAUAUGGGUAAUUCCAAUUCAGUUGCUGAUAAAACCAGAGUAGUUGCAGAAAAGUUGAUCUUUGAUAGAGCUUUGGAAAUGUCCAGAAAUGCAGCAGUCAAUGAAUUAGUCAAAGAGGACUUAAAGGGCUGUGAAUUGGCGUACAGCACAGCAAUAUGGAUGUUAGAAGCUUUAUUAGAUGAAGACUCAUCUAAUGAUGAAGAUAGACUUGAUGAUGAAGAUAAAGCAAUGGUUGAGAAGUUUAUUGUUAGUAUUGGCAAUAGAUUAUCAGUUUUGAAACGAAAGCUUGAAGUGGUCUAA